AUGCAGCACUCUCUAGCUCUGUGUCUGGUCUGCCUGCUGGUGCAUGCAGCCUUCCGCGUGGUGGAGGGGCAAGGGUGGCAGGGCUUCAAGAACGAUGCCACCGAAAUCAUCCCUGAGCUGGGAGAAUACCCUGCGCCCCCACUGGAGCCAGACAACAAGACCAUGAACCGGGCAGAGAACGGAGGGCGGCCUCCCCACCAUCCCUUUGAGACCAAAGACGUGUCGGAAUACAGCUGUCGCGAGCUGCACAUCACCCGCUACGUGACAGAAGGGCAGUGCCGCAGCGCCAAGCCGGUGACCGAGCUGCUGUGUUCGGGCCAGUGUGGUCCGGCACGCCUGCUGCCCAAUGCCAUCGGCCGCGGCAAGUGGUGGCGCCCCAAUGGGCCCGACUUCCGUUGCAUCCCCGACCGCUACCGCGCGCAGCGCCUACAGCUGCUUUGUCCUGGGGGUGCUGCACCGCGCUCGCGCAAGGUGCGCCUGGUGGCCUCUUGCAAAUGCAAGCGCCUUACUCGCUUCCACAACCAGUCAGAACUCAAGGACUUCGGGCCCGAGACGGUGAGGCCUCAGAAGGGCCGCAAACCGCGACCGCGCAUCCGGGGCGCCAAAGCCAACCAGGCGGAGCUGGAGAACGCCUAUUAG